GUUUUACACGUUUAUGCAUAACAGAUUAAUGUUAAAUUUAGAUUUAUAAGAUUUUAAAAUGUAACAAUCGUGCGAAGAAAUAAUAUGAUUCUUUUCGUGUUAUUACUGGAGUCGUGUUUGCUUGUGUUCGCACAAAGCGAAACGACGUCGUCAAAUAUAACCGAACCAGUUAUCACAACGCAAGCUUUUGAGGAUGACGAAAAAGGAGUGGACACAUUUGUCGUGGUGGCGGCGCUGUUUGCAGUGCUUAUAGUGCUGUCCUUAACGGUUACACUAUCUGUGGGAAUCUACAAAUAUCGCCGUUAUCAUAUUCGCCAUGGGCUCUAUAAACAGAAGAGUCGGGUAGGUGCACAAGAGGAGAGAAACGCUUCCGGUCCAGAUCUCGACAUGUUUGUUGUGCAGCCGCGUGGUGCGGGCCAAUCAGAGGGCUGUGUUUCGUCACGUGCCACAUCACGUGAACAUUUUGAAGGCAACGCUGGUUUUGAUGCUGAUAUACCAGAAACAUCAGGUGCUGUCCCUAACAAUGUUCCAAAAGAAUGUGAUGAGACUACAUCUGAACAUGGAGAAAACAGAGACAUAGACACGAACAGUGAAUCAGCACUCAACGCCUAGUAAGGGAAAAGAAAACAGAAAAGUCAUCAGUCUAAGACAAGUAACUUCUCAUCUCUCGCGUGCUGUAUAUAGUAUCACCAUUACAAAACCGGAUCGUUAAUGCACCAGUCAAUUGUAACCACGCCCCCCCCCCCCCAGGUCCGGGGGUAUACCGGGGAUGGCCGGGGAAAUGGGCCGUGUUUUUACUUUCCAGGUGGCCGUGCCGGGUGACUGCGGUGGUUUUGUCUUCACGCCAAAUUUAACGGGAAAUUAGCCUUACCUAGGGUCCCUUGGGUGCGUGGGCAUUUGGCGGGGGUUUUACCAGCAGAUUGUCCCCGCAGGGCGGAGACUUUGCCCGGGCUUGGCUGGACCGAAAGUCAAAGUCCCCGCUAUUCCCCGGACCUGGGGGGGGGGCGUGGUUACAAAUAACUGGUGCAUAAAGAAUACAUCCAAAAAUGACAAUACCCGUGAAAAAACGACAUUGUAUUAAAUGAGUAUUAAUUUAAUUGAGCACCACUAGUAUUAGAGUUUCUACCAAAAAUAUACGAACUUAUGAAUAGGUUAACGCUGUCAGCAUUCCGACAAAAGUGAAAAACACAAUGAAAUACAUUAUAUUCUAGUACAUUUAUAAUAAAUCGUAUGAGUUACGUUAUUUUUAACGUACUUUAUAGUUUAAAUAUGAAGAGAAUUGUUCGUUUAAUGAGCGAUUGGUUCUAUAGUCUAGAGCUCUAUUAUGAUUACUUUUUUGCCAUGCUAAUUGAAACCAUGCAGCGUUCAAUUAAAGACAGCAAGUUUAUUGGUUUUGUGUGUUAUUUUUAUUGAUGAUGCAUUUAUAUUUGAUAAUGUCAAUUAUACAAAUAAAGAAAACAUAGAACUGACAAUCGUUAUACCUUGUUUAAUCACAUUUUCGAUAUCGAUGAACAAACACCAUUUUAUGUAGACCAGAUGUUCUAAUUAUUAUGAAC